AUGGUGCUUCAUGAUCAAGUAGAUUGGCGAAACCUCGAGGAUUCAUUGGCGCUAGAUCAUGACCGUGAACGGCGCCGAAGGACUCAAGAUUCAGCCUCCAACAAUGACGAAGAUCAACGCAACCAACUUGAUGAUAAACUGUUUGCCAAAGCAGACGUGUUGUUGGCACUGGAAAAUACAAACGGGUAUCUCGAGAAGCGUCCGUGGCUGCGAGUUCUGCAUACUCGACUGGCUUGUAUAUCGUUUGAGAAGGAAGGAGCUAGCUUACACGACUUUGUACGUUGUCGUCAACGAGACCGUACGGUGUGUCUACGUGACGUUAAACGUCGGCUUGAAGACAUUUACACCGAUGCUAAACUCUCGAUGGAAGUUGAGGAGAAUCACAAGAAGUUCGUCGCUCAAGCUCGAGCUGUGUCUCCGUGGUGUGUUCGAAAUCCAAAAUGGUUGCAUUCUUCUCUAGCUCGACAGCUCUACGGUGUUCACGUUCUACCUCCUCGUCGUGUGACGGAGGGAGAGUUGCAAGCGCAGCGUGAUUGUAUCGCGAGUCACGCGCGUGCAGUUGUCGGUGCUGCUGUGGGUGUUGUUAUGGACAAGAUACUAGCGCCUUAUCUAACUCGUCCUAAGACAACUGGGAGACGCACGGGUCGACGCCAUGCUGUGGAUUCUGCAAGAGCGAGUCCAAGUCAGCGCCAAGCUAAAGUCAAACGCGAACAAGUUGAACGUGACAGACAGUUGCGAGCUCUGCGAUUGGACCUGCUUGCUCCCACAGCAAAUUUCACUUCAAGUAAUGAAGUUGAGGUUACGAAGAAGAGUAAGGAAGACAUUGCUCGAGUGAUGACACAGCUAGCGACGGUGGAAGCUCAAGGCGACAUUCGGUUGGCACGUAAAUUACUCGACCACACUAUUGUUCACUCUGGGUUGCGUCGUGCAGCUGAACAAGCUAAACGGCUUGGGAUAACGAGUCAACCAUGGAAGGUGAUCAAGCUGUGGCGCGAACUGUAUCGCACAUCGACGCUACAGGCGCUAGACACAGCACUUCACGGAUAGACAAGAUGAUGGAGAGCAAAACCUUUCUCAUUAAGAGUAAAUACAGGUCUCAGACGCACUUGAAGCUGCUUC